GUGACGGCGGUGGUAGUAGUAGUGGUGGUGUUGUUGUCUGGAAUACCUGCCGACGACAUACGCUAUAACGCAUCCGUCGCCGCCGUCGCGAAUGGUAAUAGGCUGCAGCCGCCGUGUAUCGCACACCGCCGAUGCGCGCAUACAUCAUCAUCGAUUUGGACCGCGACAGAAACGCAUCGAACCAGCGCCCGAACUUUAAGAGCCGUCAUGAAGCGCAGCGUACGAUCGUCACGUUCCGUCACGUUCCGGUGGUACCUCGUCGUCUCGUCCACCGCGAUCUUGGCCUUCGCCGUCUGCACCGAUGCGAUAGCUGUGUCCGAUUCGAUGCGCGACGCACGCUGUUUCGCCAAAUGUUACCGUCAGAUCGCCGCCGAACAGCCCAAAUGUUAUAGCGGUUGUCUGAACGAACGAUGGAUUAAUAAGCCGGGCGAGUGUCCGGUCGGCGACCUUGACAGCGUCGCCUCGCUGGACCGACCGUGUCUGGAGCAAUGCAGUUCCGACGACUUUUGUCACGCCGAGUACAAGUGCUGCCGGCACAGUUGCGGAAUAACAUGCCAGCCGCCCGUCGGCUUAGCUGACCACCGUCCGGGAUUACCAGACGUGCCGAAAGUCAUCGCAGUGUCGGACUACGGUAAAGCGCUGAUGGUCGAGUGGUCUGCGCCGUUUCCCGAUACAUCCGCAGGUCACGUUACGUAUUUGGUCCAGGAACGGCAUCACGUGGGUGUCGCGUACGUACCAGAGCGUAUGACCCCAUGGACAAUGGUGACCAGGACCGACAAGACACGGGAACAGUUUAGACAGCUGAACUUGCCAGGACGAUGGUUUCAGUUCCGCGUGGCUGCUGUCAACGAGAACGGCACCAGUGGUUACUCAUCGCCUUCCGAGCAGUUUUUUGUCAAUCUCGGACCGCACGUAGAUCCGCCCGGACCGCCCCAGGACUUGACGGUGUCGUCGUUGAAAUGGACCAACAAGGAGUACCAGCAGUGUGUACUAUCGUGGAAGCCGCCCGCCGAGUCCGUUCUACCUGUGCGAAAGUACAAAGUGUUCAUUAGCGUACGAGACGGACCGCACGUUUACCACAAACGGAAUGUGGUCCCGGCAGAUAUUUUGAGGUUUACAAUCAAAAAGCUGAACUCAAAUUCCGAAUAUUUUCUUCAAGUGCAAGCCAUUAGCGAAUUCGGAAGAAAAAGAUUCGCUGGUCAAAAGGCUUCAACAACCCUGAAAACCAAAGGAAAAAAAAUAUUAAAUUCUAAACAAAUCGCAGGACUUAAAAUUGUGGUUAUUGGCAGUCCUGAUAAACGUAAUUUAAUUAAUGCUAGACUAUCUUGGAGACCAGUUACUUUGGCAUUAAAAAAAUUCCACUACACAUUGUCGUGGUCUUCAAAAGAUUGCAAUGAUGAGAGUAAACCAUUACGAGUGAGAACUCCGGUGCCGUACUUUGAUUUAUUUUCAUUAAAACCACAAUGCGAGUAUUUAAUUAUAGUUUCAACUACAUUUAAUGGAUCCAAAUACGUGGGUUCCUUGAAUUUUACACCUACUGUAACGAAGCUAUGAAGAUUGAAAUACUUAUAUAAAUGUUACUAUAUUUAUACUUUUUUAGAAAAGUAAGAAAAUUAUAAAUAGUAUUGAAUUAGUAAUAUUUUGACAUGUGAAAACUGGUAUAUAUAUAUAUUAUAAAUUAUAAUCAUAAAUAAUGUUUUUGACGACAUUAUAUUUAAAAAUUUUUAAGACUAUCGUAACUAUUAUUACUACAGUAGGUACCUACAGUUUAAUUUAUUGUUUUAUUUUUAACUAUGAGUUUAAUAUGUUGAAUUGUUGAAAUUGAAUAGUCAUUUUAAAGUUGAUAAAAUUAUCAAUACAUAGUAUAUAAGUACUCAAAAUAGUACAUUUAAGAUUCAUUUGUAUUUAAAUGAACGUUUAGGUUCCUACUACUAUCUCUAAACUAAACUCGUGGGACUGUCAAUAAUCAAUUUCAUGUAAUACCUACAAUAUUCUUAAAUGCAUGCCACUCUUUAUUUAAAAUUUAAAUGUAUGAUGUAUGUUUUCGGCAGACACAAUGUUUGUGUUUUGCUAAUCACAAAAUAAUAAUAAAGUUACUCAAUCAUAUUUUAUUUUGUUCUACAAAGCAGAGAAUAUUGACAAUCUAAGAUCGUAUAUAUAAUUGCCUAAAUACCUACCGAUUAAAUGUAUUGCAAAGACAAUA